AUGGCGAAGAACUAUCUAUAUACCUUUGUGCCAAGAGCGAAGAGCAUCAAGGUAACAACGGGUAGUACGACUGGAGAUCAAAUACUUACCCAUUUUGAUACCACGAGAGGCAUCGCUAUUGUCACUAAGACAGCUGAGCCCUCGCCAGAGCAGGGUAGCCUUCCCCAAGUCGGAGCCAUUGUUGGAGGCGUUAUUGGCGGUGUCGCGCUGAUCGUCAUCUUGGGACUGGCGUUUUGGUUCCUUCGAAACAGAAAGCCGCAGAACAAGGAGGUUGCGACGGCGCCUGCACUCUCUUCCGGAAUUUCCUCUCAACAAUACCAAGAUCAGCCUUACAAGACGAUUGCCCGUCUCCGAGUUGCCCGCUGA